CAUAUCUACGCGAAAAAUCCAGAACCCAAAAAAAGGUCAACUGAAAACGAUUCAAAUGGCAUUGUUGUCACCCUCCACAUCAUCUUGUAUCACAAACUCGCUCUUCAAAUCCCACUUUAUUAUUAGGAACCAUCUUGAGCCGCCAUGGCAAUGUCAAAAAAGAAGCUUGUUUAUUCUUACCGAAAAUGUUACUAAUAUACAUAAACCAACACGAGUCUCCUUUCAGCUUCCUCCUUUACUACAUCUUCGUCUUGGUCUUCGUUUUUGUUCUCUUCCGUUUAGCUCUCGUUUUCUUCUUCCUUGUACUUCUCUUCCUCUUCUGCGCAGACUUCGUUCACCUCAUCUCUCAUCUCCUAUGUCCUCCUUAACCUCUGAUCAGAAUUCCAAUGCUACCCCUGAUGCUAAAACUGUUAGAGCUGUGAUUAAGGGGAGAGUGCAAGGGGUGUUUUACAGGGACUGGACUGUGGAGAAUGCUAAGGAAUUGGGAUUGAAGGGUUGGGUUCGAAAUCGGAGAGAUGGAUCUGUGGAGGCUUUGUUUUCUGGAAGCCCGGAAAAGGUUCAGGAAAUGGAGCAAAGGUGCCGGAGAGGUCCACCAGCUGCUAUUGUCACUGGACUAGAUGUCUUCCCUUGUGAUGAUGACCCUGGAACUGGGUUCGAGCGCAGACAAACUGGUUGAUCAUAUCGUCUAGGCUAGCCUGUUGCCAGAGUUACUACGACUGGAAGGUAGAAAUCCGAUCCUAUAAAGUAACAAACUUUUCUCAACUGUGAUCAGAAUCAGAUUCAAGGAUUUGUUGCUUCUGAUGUUUUUGGGGAAACAUAUGCGUGCUCUGGAACAUUGUCUCUGGAAUUAUAAAACUUGUGAAUACAAUACCCUAAUCAGCUGUAGCUUGGCAGUUUGAAUUUUAAAGUUAUGGACGACAUGAUUUCUUUGCCACUAGUACUUCCUUAUUUAUAUAUAGAGUUCUAUGCUGCUAUCAUAAGUAACUCAGGAAAAAAGUCAUUCUUAUUAUCAGAAUGUGUCUUGUUUACCUCCAAAGAAUUUGAUGCUUUGGUUGGUAUUUUCUUCUCCAAGUUUGUAAAAAUAAUUGGGCUCAGGGGCGGAUUUAGCGGGGUACAAGGGGGUUCACCCGAACCCCUUUCGCGAAAAAUUACACUGUAUAUAUAAGGCAAAAUCUAUUUUUUACCUCUAUAUAUUGUGUUUUGAAUCCCCCUGACUACAACCCAAAAAUAUAGCUCAGUGGUCAUGGAGGUUCAAAACAUUUGUGAGGUUAUUGGUUCAAUUCCAACUAGCUACAAUCUCUUCUAUUUUUUUAACUUUUUUCUUUUUUGAAACCCCUUAGUAGAAAUCCUGCCUCCGCCACUGAUUGGGCUCUUAUUAGGAUCUGCCUAGGUGCUGAAAUACAUCAGUGUGAGACCGUCUGGACCUAGUUUUGGAUUUUCAUGCUUGUCAAAACCUCAAAUGCGCAGUCCAGUGAUCGGUGGAUCUGCAUUUUAACGGCGCUAAGCUUCGCCUUUGGAUCAAGCAGCAGGGCUCCAAAAACUUUUAGGAAAUAGUUAUUUGCUUACGUAGGUGCUCAGUACACAUUAUUUCUAGUACUUCUUGGUACUCAUCAAUAAAAACAUUUACCUUUUCAUCCCUAAAUAAAUAAAUAAAUAAACGUGUUCAGUACAUUACAAAAGCCUCCCAAAUGUCAAAAGGAACUGUUUUUCGCUAACAAGUUUUUGUUGCAAGGAGGUAGUUCUUUACCAAGUGGUCCAAGUCAAAGAGUAAUAGUCUAAAGUCUAAACUCUGAUUGCUUUUUCCUUACCUCCCGAAGAUUCUGCUUCUGCCACGACCACCGUCAUCAUAUGUAUAAGCUCUUACUUAGAUAUGUAUAAGCUCUUUUCAUUCAACUUGUAACUGCUAUUUGAGAUCUGAAGAUUAACACUCAUAAAGACCUUUCCUCAUUUUAACACUCAAUACUCAAGAACUACAAAAGAAUUUCUUCUGUGUUGGAUCAGAAGAGGCCUUUCCAAAAGAGCAGCAGAGACUUGGACUAUCAUUCAGCAGAAAUCGGGUAUACCAUUUGGUAGGGAAGGAACCAAAGGUACAUUGAAUGGAAAAGAAAGUAUACUAAAAUCAAACACAAAUGUAUCUUUUGUUACAUUUAACGACAGCAUAUUCUUAGGUGUAUAGCAAAGGCAUCUUCUUAGAGAUGAUAUGAUAUUUGAUGUAUCAAAAGAAAUGGAAGUUCCCUGAAGACUAUUCUUUGUGUUGUCACUAUAUUAUAGCACGAGGAGUGAAAGGCUUCUAUCCUAGACAAGUUUCUUAAUAUCUCUGGCCAAAUUAUAUUUUAGCUAAAAUAUCAGUUGUGAAACAAGUAAAGAGAACUAGCUAGAUGUUCUAGUCGUUGCUUAUUAAAGUUUUCAGCUUCAUGACUAUGUCAUCAGACCGAGUGCAGAAACUGUUGGACUAAUCUGUGGCAUGUUUGAGCAAAUCAAUUGAAUACUUUAUACUUCCCAGGUCCAACUUGGUUAGACAUGUGAGAAGUAUAUUCUUCCUAUGUGCAUGUUAAAGUGCCAUGGAUUAUGCUAUCGAGUAGGAAAGAACACUUUUACCUCCUGUUGUUGUCGUUGUUGUUGGAUGUAUAUAUAUUUCACAUGAUGUAUCGAAGCUCAUGGUCAAGUUAUUUUCAAACUUCUUUUUCUCCUUAUCUAUUUUCUAUGAGUAGCGCUACAUCACUGCAUAAGGAGAGGUCAUCUUAGCUUAUCUUGUGCCUAUUAUUUCUUAUCUUGUGGUCUCUCCUCUUUCUGAAACUAUAUCUUACGAAUAUCAGAUUUCUGUCAAAUAGCCUCAAUCUGAUUGAAUCAGUAAGGCUCUUAAUUAGCUAGUCCUCUCAGAGACGACAGUUGACUGUUCGCUUUGCUGUCACGGCUAAUAUAGCUAUGCUGCAAAA